GGGGAACCAAGCACUGCCUGGCUUCUUUCCCGCGGCAAGCCCAGAGCUGAAGCGCUGCAGCAUGGCGCGCGGCUGCCUCCAGGGCGUCAAGUUCCUCAUGUUCGCCUUCAACCUGCUCUUCUGGCUGGGAGGCUGCGGCAUCCUGGGCGUUGGCAUCUGGCUGGCUGCCACCCAGGGGAACUUCGCCACCCUGUCGUCCUCCUUCCCAUCCCUGUCGGCCGCCAACCUGCUUAUCGUUACCGGCACCUUCGUCAUGGCCAUUGGCUUCGUGGGCUGCAUCGGGGCCAUCAAAGAGAACAAGUGCCUCUUGCUCACCUUCUUCGUGACGCUGCUCCUGGUGUUCCUGCUGGAGGCCACCGUCACCACCCUGUUCUUCACCUGCACUGACAAGAUCGACAGGUAUGCCCAGAGGGACCUAAAGAAGGGUCUGCACCUGUACGGCACCCCAGGCAACGUGGGCCUCACCAACGCCUGGAGCAUCAUCCAGACCGACUUUCGCUGCUGUGGGGUCUCCAACUACACCGACUGGUUCGAGGUCUAUAACGCCACUCGCGUGCCAGACUCCUGCUGCCUGGAGUUCAGUGAGGGCUGUGGCCUUCACGCGCCUGGCACCUGGUGGAAGGCGCCGUGUUACGAGACCGUGAAGAUGUGGCUCCAGGAGAACCUUCUGGCUGUGGGCAUCUUUGGGCUGUGCACGGCGCUGGUACAGAUUUUGGGUCUGACCUUCGCUAUGACCAUGUACUGCCAGGUGGUGAAGGCGGAUACCUACUGUGCGUAGGCUGCCCACUGCC